AUGGCUGAACAGCAGGGGCUUCCUCAUCUUCUCAUCUUCCCUCUGCCAUUACAGGGUCCUGUCAAUUCCAUGCUCAAGCUAGCCGAGCUCCUCUGCCUCUCCGGAAUCUACAUCACCUUCCUCGUCACCGAUCACGUCCACAGCCGCCUCCUGCGUUUCACCGACAUCCAGACCCGCUUCAGUCGCUAUCCCGGCCGGUUCCGCUUAGACUCCAUUUCCGACGGCCUCCCGGAGGAUCACCCAAGAUUGGGCCAUCAGCUCAUGGAGAUGUUUCAUGCUUGGGAAACCGUAACCAAGCCGCUUUUCCGGCGGAUGAUGACCUCCGGGGACCUGGGUCCUGAUUCCCGGUCGCCGGUGACAUGCAUAAUUGCCGAUGGAAUCCUGGGUUUUACUAUAGAUGUUGCCAAGGAGAUUGGCGUGCCCGUCAUCUGCAUCCGGACGAUCAGCCCUUGCUGCCUGUGGAUUUUCUGCUGCCUUCCGAAGCUCAUUCAAGCCGGAGAGCUUCGCUCCCAAGAAACAGAUUUGGAUGCCCUGGUAAGCAGUGUGCCGGGCAUGGAAGGCAUUCUUCGGCGGCGAGAUCUUCCGACCUUCUGCCGCCCCGGCAACUCGGCCGACCCAAUGAUCCAACUGUUUUCGAGGGAGAGCCAGCAAAUUUCACGAGCAAACGGGCUUAUUCUCAACACAUUCGAAGACCUCGAAGGACCCUUGCUCUCUCACAUACGCAAGCUUUGCCCAAAUCUCUACACCAUCGGGCCACUCCACCUCCACCUGAAAACCAGAUUAGCAGCUGAAUCGAUCUCCACCGCCUCCUCCGCCAGUUUCCGGAAAGAAGACAAAAGCUGCUUGGCGUGGCUGGAUAAACAAGAACCGAAAUCCGUAAUCUAUGUCAGCUUUGGAAGCCUCGCGACGGCGAGCAAGGACCAGAUCAUGGAGAUUUGGCACGGCCUGGUGAAUAGCGGGAAGCGUUUCUUGUGGGCCAUACGGGGGGACUCGGUUGCUGAACAUGACUGCAAGGGGGGAAUUGCGGCUGAGCUCCGGCAGGGCACGGCGGAGAAAGGGUGCAUCGUGGAUUGGGCGCCGCAAGAAGAGGUUUUGGCACACGAUGCCGUAGGAGCAUUCUUGACUCACUGUGGAUGGAAUUCAAUUUUGGAGAGUAUAUGCGAGGGAGUGCCCAUGAUUUGCUGGCCUUUCUUCUUGGACCAACACAUCAAUGGCAGAUUUGUGGAGAAGGUUUGGAAUGUUGGGUUGGACAUGAAGGAUGUCUGUGAUAGACGCAUGGUUGAGAAGAUGGUGAAGCAUGUGAUGGAGCUGAUGGGAUGUGCUGAAAGGACGGCUGAAAUGGCGAGACGAGCUGUGAGCAGAGGCGGAUCAUCCCAUGGGAACUUGGACCGUUUGGUUGAGGAUAUAAGGUCAAAAUAUUUGAACGGAAACUAAUAAAUCGUUUAUCAAUGUCUUUUAUCAUAUAUAAUUGCUAGAAAUGUUACUACGUUGUGAAGACCCACCUUGGCUUAGGCAAAGCUCCACCUUCUCUGCCCCAUUCUAUUCUUCCUUUGCCAUUGCAGAGUUCCAUCCGCUACGGCCUCCAAAAACUGCUUGUCGCUUGCAAGGAAUUGAUGUGGCAAGGGUCUUGAUGUAAUUUAUGUGUUUGUAUUGGGGUGGUUGCCCUUGCCCCUGUUCUGGAGGUUGCUGUCUAUAUGCUUGCUUAUACAAAAGAAAAAGAAGGAGCUCAUAAUCGGUCUAUAUCAUGGGAAUGAGAAAAUUAGGUUUGUAGUGUCAUUUUAAGUUUGUACAAUGCAUACAUUUGACAGAGGUAUACCAUUUUCUCGAGAUGGUUGAUAUGCUUGCCAGAUGUAGGUAUAAGAAGAGAGCCACAUUGUCUGGAUAUGGUUAUGACUUUCGUCAAAGCAACAGCCAACAGGUUGUUCAUCUUCCUCAAGAACCACUUCUGUUUUAUCCCGUGGAAUUGUGUGCUGAAACAUCCUACCAAGUGAAAUGUUUUGUGGCAUGAUUAACAAGUUCACUGUGUGGUAAUUGGUGUAAUUUAGAUAAAUUUUAUAAAUGGUAUGUGAAAUUUAUCUUUUUAUUCUUAA